GAGCUGAUGUUUUCAGGGGGACAUAUUAGGUGUCGGGAUCAAAACACAUUCGACGAAGCCAUCGCAGUUAGCUGUAUUACGACACUGACAGUUUGUUGGUAAUUGUAUUGUAUUGUAUUUCAUUUCCCGCCGGUUCAUUGUGUUGUGUAGGCUCAAAAAGUCAUUGCUAGCGGUUCUUCUUUGUGCAUCUGCAUUGACACGCACAAAAAGCAAGUGCGGUCGUCCGGAACCCGUCGCUUUCAUUUUGGUCGUGCCUGGAGGAGCCAUGGCGGGUUUAGAGCUGUUAUAUUCGUGCUGUGGUGGAAACAUCUCUUGUCCCCAAGACGCCAUCGUGUGUCUCGUUCACUGGGAAGUCAUCAAAAGCGGAUACAAGUGCGUUGGCUCCGGGGAAGAGCCUCGAAGCAGCGACAAGAAGUCCGAGCUGUUGCCGUCUGACUGGAGCAGCAGUAAGGUGGAGUACACGCUCAGGUACACGUCGGAACUCGGAGACGUCCAGCUGCUACUCAAAGCGCUGCUGGUGGACUCUGCCCUUAUCUUCAACCUGAUGAACCGCAGCACACAGCAGGGGUCCGACCUGAUCGUCAACCUCAACGAGCAUGUGGACAAGGACCACUUGCAGACGUUUGACAGAGUCUACAAGGACGCCGGCAGCCUGGCAGCAAAGGUCAGCAGUCAGCUGCUGCCGUCGCAGGGAAAGCCAACACAAGCCCAGACGGAGCGGAGCAGGCGGACGCAGCGAGAGGCCGAUGACGGCAACGACGACCCUCUCCGUGUCUCCGGCAGGCACCCCCGCCACGGAGCACAGACUCACUGGCCUGAUGCCGUGGCGCCGCCUUUCUCCGUGGGAGGGGCGGAUCUAGAUCCAUUGGGCAGGUCUGGUGCCGGAGGUGGGAUGCUAGUAGACCCGCUGAGGUUGGGUUACCCUCGCUCCGGUUUCGACCCGUCCAGCGGAAUCCCGGACAUCUUGCCCCCAGGAGCGGUCCCCCCAGGUGCCCGCUUUGACCCGUUUGGCCCAAUCGGACGCCACAGACCCGGGCCGGAUCCAGACCACAUGCCCCCCCCAGGCUAUGACGACAUGUUCAUGUAGUGCCCCCUGCCGUUUUUCCAGAGUGCCACGCACUCAUUGCUUCCUGUUCAUUAGCCAAUCAGAGCUUUUCUCCUCAUGGACUGAUUGUCAUCUUCUACUUCUGAAGGAUUUGUGAUGAAAACAUGGCAACGCUGCAACACUUUGUUUCGCUUCAACCACAAAAAAAACUUUAUUUUGCUUUGGAUUUUUUUUAUGUAUUUGUUUUAGAUUUAGAAUAAAUUGUAAAAGUUGUUGCA